GUGUUUUUGUUUCUUUGUGUGUUUGGGAAAGAAAUGCGGAUAGAAAAGACAUGGCGUUCGUGCGACCGACCGGCCUAACCAACCUAACCAACCAACCAACCGACCAACAAACAUCACCAUCGUUCCUCGCAAAUAACGUUUACUGAUUUUUUUUUUUGGGUGGUCUACAAACGCUUCCCACGCCACGCGUUGUCGUCGUGUUUCUUUUUGGAGGCGCGUCUGCGGUGGCGUUGACCAAAGAAAGAAAAAAACCGGGGUCGGAGCAAGGGGAACCGAUCAUUAGGCGGGCUUUCUUUUGGUUCCUGGUGGCGGUUGCCCCGCGAACGCUCUCGCGUCCACUCAACCUCCACCCCACCACCACCACCACCACCACGAACAUCACGGUCACCAACGUCCGUCCACGCGUCUACGGCGUUUCUGGAAUUGCAUCGCAGAGCGCCGGGGCUAAAGAAAAAAAACGCGCUACGACGUGCUAUUUUCUCACUGCUACCCACGAUAGCUUCAUAGAAGUGAACAAACUUCACCAGCACGCGUCGGGCGCACAGGAAGAAGCAAGAAGCCGCGUCUGCGUAGCACCCCAUCUACAUUCACACAACAACACUCACAUUCAAACACGCAUACGUCGUCCAUACACAGACGAAAGCCGGCACAAAGAGAAAGGAGAGAGGGAGAGAGUCUCACCAUGGGCCCGCCACGCACCCGCGCCCAGCGCCUCGCCGCCCAGCAGGCCGCCCGCAGCCGCUUCCGCGAGGGCUCCAUGGGCGACCGCGUGUCGGCCGCCCCGCCCGUCGACUUCAUCUUUGGGCCCGGCGAGCGCGAGGCCCUGGAGAAGCCCGUCUUUGGAUUCGCUGCUGGUGCUGAUGAGAAGCGUCUGGGCGGCGGCGGCAGCGGCGACAACGACGCGGAGCGGCGGAACCCGCAUCCUGAGUGGCGGCAACAACAAGAAGAAGAAGAGAAACUGCAACCACAGCCACCACAUCAGCAACAACCGCCGGCGGCGGCGCCGCAACCGCCCGACGGAAGACGCAAGGCCCUGCUCGGCCAGAUGUGGGAGGGCCUACGCGGCAGGCUCAGGCUGAGGAGGGACCCCGGAGCAGACGCCGACGCCGCGGCGGCGACGAUGGGCCGCAAGAGACGCGCGGAGAGCAAAGACGACGGCGUCAACGGCAACUGCCAUACCAACGCACAGGCCACGCAGCCGCCUUUGGGACCUCUCGGGGCCAUGGCGCUCGGCGGCGACCGGCCCACGCGCGAAGAGGUCUACGCCAACUACCACCAGCUCGUCGCGAGCGGCUUCUUCUCCAGCCACGCCAUACACUCGACGCGUCGGCCCGGGCCCUCGCAGCACCAGCAACAGGACCAGCAGAGGCCCGCGACGUCGCACGAUGCCCGCUCGCCGAACCACGCGCGCUACGACCCCCCGCAGUGGCCGCUCGCCAUGCCCGCGGCCCCAGCGAAUGCGUCGCUGCUGAUGACGCCGCAGCCGCCGCGUGGCGGGCCGUCGCCCAUAUGCUCCCCUGCCAGCGCCGCCUCGUCUCGCGGGACCAAGCGCGCCGCCGAGGACGAUGACGACGACGGCGGUGACGGCGACGACAGGGGCAGCGCCCAUGUCGAUGCCAUGACGGGCGUCAUGCGAGGUAGCAACGUCCCGCCUGCUGCUGCGGCACCCCCCGAUGAGGACGCGUCGACCCUCGCGCACCGGUUCCUGCCCAAGCGCCUGCGCAAGUCAGCCAGCAGGGACAUUUCCCUGCCUAAACUGCGCGCCGUGACCACGCGUCGGGGUUUUGCGGGAGGCCGCCGCAGCAUCUCCAUGGUCGCCGAGAUGGCCGGCGGCUCCACCACCACGACGACCAUCGCCAGCCGUGCCGCGGCAGAACAACAACAUCAGGUCGGAACCAAGCACGGCGCCAACAAGCCCGCCAAGCGCGUCCCCGGAAGCUCCUUUCCCAACGCCAGCAUCCUCGCCGCCGACCCAUCCUCCUCCUCUUCCUCCUUGGCGCCCCCUCGGCGGCAGCAGACGCAGUCCCUCCGCAGUAGGCACGCGGGUGACGACGACGUUGCCACCGCCGCCGCCGCCAUCAUGCCGGGCGCCUUCUUCACCGGCGGUCCGUCAGCCCAGCGGCAGACCAGCGCCCGCAGCCUGCGCUCCAAAGCAGCAGCAGUAGCAGGCGCCACAUCAUCAUCGUCAUCAGCUGCCCUUUCCGCAGCGGCGGCGCACGCCACUGCCAUGGCUGCCACGCAAGGCGGCCCGCUCAGCGUCGUGCCCGACGCCAACAGGGGCAUCCCCAACGUGCCCGCCAUACCCGCCAAGUUCACCUACGGCGAGGACAGGGAGAAUGGCGUGCCCUGGCGCGGCCUGCGGCGGUAGAUGGGAGAGCCGGUGAGAGGAAGAAGCGGCAGAGGAGCGCUCGGGUCGGGGAUAAUUAGAACGGGAGAGAGCGAGAGAGAGAGUGUGUGUGUGUGUGUGAGUGAGGCCAGGGGAUCGGCAUGAACUUUUCUUUCAUGUUCUUUACGAUUUUGACGUUUUCUACUUGAACGGAUGUGCCCGCCCGGACGGAACGGACGGACACGCGGGGGCGGGGAUAGGAGGCUGUUGGACCAUGACGACGCCGUGCCUGGAAAUUCAUGAAUGAUGUCUGGUCGACGGAACCGAGCGGAUGAUGAUUUCAUCCAUGAGUCUGUCGAGAAGCCUUGCUCGGCGGACUGAGAUGAUAGGGGGUUGCGCUGAUGGACGCCACCAGCGGCAGCGACGCUGGCCGGGAACCGAGUAUUGAAGAGGACGGCAGUGGCCUCGUGGCCGAGUAUACUACUAUACAUACAUACAUACCGGUAAAUGAUCAACGCACACGACGCCACAAAUGCCAGC